GCUGCUUCAACAACAACAGUUAGACACCUCGGUAGCUUAAUAGCAAACAUAGCUACAACAUUCACUCUCUUUACACUGUUUUGGUGUAUAUUAGUCGCUGUGUAUUAAACACACUUCUGUCGUAUGUACGUGUUGGCCCAUUUAAUUAUAUAAUUACGUUGUUUGUCAGCUAGCUGGUUUGCUAAAUUAGCUUGGAACUAGGCCAGUUGCUAAUGCUAGCUAGCGAACAUCCCCGACCAUGAGUUCACUAAGCUGCUCUCCUCCUGCUAAAGAAGAGGAGGUCUUCUGGACGGAGAAAGAAGUUCUCCCGAAAGAGGAGGAGGAAGAGAAGGAUGUUACAAUUCAAAAACAAGUAGAGGGUGAAGCUGUUACCGUGAAAGAAGAAGAGAAAGACGUUUCAGUGAAAGAAAAGGAAGACUCGUUAAGAUUGAAAGAGGAGGAGGCGGAGAUGACUGUCACAUCGAUAAAGGAGGAGGAGGAAGAAGAGGAAACUGGACAUCUGGGCCCGGUUUCCCAAACGCUUCUUAAGGCAUCCAGUGGUUCUAACGUUGAACUCAGCCGUAAGAUGGUUUUGAGAAACCGGGCCGUGAUUAACACUAACUUUGUUGUUCACACAGGAGAGAGACGUGACUAUCGUGGAUCCUCUGGGGAGCCUCAACAACAUCAUGAAGCUGACGAGGCAGAGAAGAGUCCCUCCCGAUCAGAACACCUCAAGAAACACCAGUGGAGACCAACAGGGAAGAAAUCUCACCUCUGCUCUAACUGUGGGAAGAGUUACUUAAGAUCAAAUUCACAAAAAGUACACAUGACAAUUCACACUGGAGAGAAACCUUAUAGCUGUGAUCAAUGUGGGAAGAGUUUUACUACAUCUCGCCAUCUGAUUGUACACCAGAGAACACACACAGGAGACAAAUCUUAUAGCUGUGAUCAAUGUGGGAAGAGUUUUACUCAGUCAAGCAGCCUGUUAUCUCACCAGAGAAAACACACAGGAGAGAAAUCUUAUAGCUGUGAUCAAUGUGGGAAGAGUUUUACUCAGUCAAGCAACCUGGUAUCACACCAGAGAACACACACAGGAGAGAAACCUUAUAGUUGUGAACAAUGUGGGAAGAAUUUUACUUCAUCCAGCCAUCUGAUUGUACACCAGAGAACACACACACAGGAGAGAAACCUUAUAGAUGUGAACAAUGUGGGAAGAAUUUUACUACAUCCAGCCAUCUGAUUACACCAGAGAACACACACAGGAGAGACAUCUUAUAGCUGUGAACAAUGUGGGAAGAGAUACUCUGAUAAAAGAUCUCUGAUCAAACAUCAGAAAAUGCAUUAAUGAAGGAGUUGUUUCAUGAUAUCAAUGAAUUAAUGUCACAAUGUAGAAUGUUUAAACAUUGUAGUAGGAGUAUUUUAAUGAUGUCACAAUGUAGAAUGUUUUAACAUUGUAGUAGCAGUAUUUUAAUGAUGUCACAAUGUAGAAUGUUUAAACAUUGUAGUAGCAGUAUUUUAAUGAUGUCACAAUGUAAAACACUAAACGUUUGCCCCCUGUUCAAUUGAUUUCUGCAUGAUAUGGAUAUUAGCCUCAGGGGGAAAAUCCAGGCUCUGAAUUGAAAGAGUGCUAUUUAUAUGAUAUAACAGAAAGUGACUAACACAAAAAGAGCUGUGUUACACUUACAGCAUUGGUGACCCACUUGAAUCAAAAUGUAGCUAGAUGUUUUCUACAAGUUGUCCUCUAACCAGUGAUGUCCACAUUAUUCCCAGAUUCCAUGUGGUUUUUGAGCUGUUAGUUUUAACAGGACAAACUCAUCUCCCCCUUUCACACAAAUGAUUUCAACAUGAUAUCGAUGAGU